UCUUUUUCUUAUACUUAAUAUAUGUUUGAAAAUCACUGGCACAACUUUGAAACCACCCGAGCAUCAAGUCCGAAGUACCAAUCAAACUCUCUACUCUCUGCCUGGAUUUGAGUCUCGGAGGAGAAUGUACUGAUUUUCAGUCUUUCUUAUGGCUUCGAGUGCAUAUAGAAAUGGAGCUCACGGGGGAAGUAGUGGAAUGAAAGUGGAUCGCCCAGUCCAGGUAGCGAAUAUCAAAUCUUCGUCGUUUAAAUCCAGGCUUACUCCGUCUCACUCUUCGGGAUCCGCCCUCCGCCGCAGUAGCCCCGCCUCUUUUGCUUCCAAGGACGGUGACGGAGUGCCUGGAAGAGUUCGAGUGGCUGUAAGACUACGACCUCGAAAUGCUGAAGAAUUGGCGGCAGACGCAGAUUUUGCUGAUUGUGUGGAGUUGCAGCCAGAGCUCAAAAGGUUGAAACUUCGGAAAAACAAUUGGGAUUCAGACACUUAUGAAUUUGACGAGGUUCUUACUGAAUUUGCAUCCCAGAAGCGUGUCUAUGAAGUUGUCGCUAAACCUGUUGUAGAGAGUGUUUUAGAUGGGUACAAUGGAACUGUGAUGGCUUAUGGUCAGACUGGUACUGGUAAAACUUUUACUCUUGGAAGACUGGGAGAGCAAGAUACAGCUGAUCGCGGAAUCAUGGUUCGCUCUAUGGAGGAUAUUUUAGCAGAAAUUUCUCCUGAGACUGAUUCUGUCUCAGUCUCAUAUUUGCAGCUUUACAUGGAGGCCCUUCAAGACCUGCUCAAUCCUGCAAAUGAUAACAUUCCUAUUGUGGAAGAUCCAAAAAUUGGUGAUGUUUCACUACCAAGGGCAACUCUUGUAGAAAUCAGGGACCAGCAGAGUUUUGUCGAGCUGCUAAGAAUAGGGGAAACUCAUCGAAUAGCUGCUAACACAAAAUUGAAUACUGAGUCUUCUCGUAGUCAUGCUAUUCUGAUGGUCCAUGUUAAAAGGUCUUUCAUGGGAGGAGACAAUAUAUAUUCCAAUGAAAAUGGUGACAUAUCUCACUUGGCCAAACCUUUAAAGCCACUUGUUCGGAAAAGCAAGCUAGUUGUAGUAGAUCUAGCAGGGUCAGAGCGUAUCCACAAGUCAGGAAGUGAGGGACAUAUGUUAGAGGAAGCUAAGUCUAUCAACCUCUCUCUUAGUGCAUUGGGGAAGUGCAUAAAUGCUCUAGCAGAGAAUAGUGCUCAUGUUCCAAUUCGUGAUUCAAAGCUUACGAGGUUGCUUAGAGAUUCAUUUGGAGGCACAGCAAGGACAUCAUUAAUUGUCACUAUUGGCCCAUCCCCACGCCAUCGGGGAGAGACAACAAGCACCAUACUGUUUGGACAAAGGGCUAUGAAGGUAGAGAACAUGUUGAAAAUAAAGGAGGAAUUUGAUUACAAAAGUUUGUCUAGGAGGCUUGAAGUACAACUGGACAAGCUCAUUGCAGAAAAUGAAAGGCAGCAGAAAGCUUUUGAGGAUGAAGUAGAAAGAAUAAAUAUAGAAGCGGAAAAUCGAGUCUCUGAGGUCGAGAGAAGCUUUGCAGAUGCAUUAGAGAAAGAGAGGCUAAAAUGCCAGAUGGAUUAUAUGGAAUCAGUCAAGCAGCUGGAGGAGAAGUUGGUGUUGAAUCAGCAACAGCGUGAUUUUGAUGUCUUCACGGACAGUAAUUGCAUUGGACAGGGGCCUGGCCUCUCUGCUGCCGAGGAACUUGUUGAGUUAAAAAAGUUGCUUGAAAAGGAAAUUAAACUAAGAAAAGUGGCUGAAGAAGAAGUAAAAAUUUGUAAACGUCAACAAGGGCAAGAUAGGCAGUCAGAGGCAGGUGGAAGUGUUGAGGUUUUGAAGCUUCACAAAAUUCUCGAGAAUGAGGCGCAUCAGAAGAAGAAACUUGAAGAAGAAAUAAUAAUACUACGAAGUCAGUUGCUGCAACUGACUUUUGAAGCUGAUCAGAUGAAAAGGUAUCUUGAUGGAGGUGGGUCUGGAAAUGCGUAUACUGGUCUAGAUUCUUCCAUGUCUCCAUUUAGGCAUCCCCAACUCAAAGAUGCUGUAAAUGGACAGAAGGCAUCAAUUGCAACACUCUUUGAGCAAGUUGGAUUGCAAAAGAUCUUGGCACUACUCGAGUCAGACGAUGCCAAUGUACGGAUUCAUGCUGUAAAAGUGGUGGCCAACCUAGCAGCUGAAGCAUCCCAGUUCUUGAAGAAUAAUGAGGGAAGCCAAAUUUACAUUUCAACAGAAGCGAACCAGAAAAAGAUUGUUGAAGCUGGGGGUCUUACUUCAUUGCUGGUGCUUCUUAGAAGCUUUGAGGAUGAAACUGUUCGCAGAGUAGCAGCUGGUGCAAUUGCCAAUCUUGCAAUGAAUGAAGCCAAUCAAGAACUUAUAAUGGCUGAAGGAGGGAUUAGUCUUUUAUCGAUGACAGCAGCUGAUGCUGAGGAUCCUCAAACCUUACGCAUGGUUGCUGGAGCUAUUGCUAAUCUAUGUGGCAACGAUAAGCUACGAAUGAAGCUGAAGUCUGAAGGUGGUAUUAAGGCCUUGCUAGGAAUUGUGAGAUGUGGACAUCCUGACGUUCUCUCUCAAGUUGCACGUGGAAUUGCUAACUUUGCAAAAUGCGAGUCCCGGGCCUCUACUCAAGGGACAAAUAGCAGUAGAUCUCUUUUGAUAGAAGAUGGUGCACUUCCAUGGAUUGUACAAAAUGCUAAUGAUGAAGCUGCACCAAUCAGGCGUCAUAUUGAGCUUGCACUCUGCCACUUGGCACAACACGAAGUAAAUGCAAAGGACAUGAUUAGUGGAGGUGCUCUCUGGGAGCUAGUUCGUAUCUCACGCGAUUGCUCCCGAGAGGACAUAAGGAGUCUUGCCCGUAGGACAUUGAUUUCCAGCCCGACCUUUCGAUCUGAAUUGCGGCGGUUACGGAUAGAAUAUUGAUUCUCAGAAUAAUGGGAAUAGCUUCUCUUAAUUGUUUCUGGUGCGUGUGAUAAAUGUGAGAAAACUUCCCUAACGAGCUUAUACGGCUUGGUAGAGGGGGAUCUCACUCCCCAUGCUACAUAAAAGCUGGGUACCCACUACCCACUCCGACUUUGUUCGAAGGUGAGUUUGUCUUGUAAUCAAUAUUUUUAAUGUAAAAGAAAAUGAUAAGGAAAAAGGAAAAAAACGAGUAUGGAAAGAAAAUUUUAUUGCUUCACAAUCGAGUCUAAUUCAUUG